AUGCAGUCCAAUAAUACAGUAGCAGCAAACAUGGCCAACCCAGCAGCCACCGAAGCACCCACAAAGCUCCGUCGCAGCACUGGCAGCAUGCCCACCAAGAAGGCGGUUGUUGUCAACAAACAAAUUAGAGGCAGCACCGGCACCCUGCCACGAAGACGUCGUCGCGUGGUGUCCUUUGGCACUGUGCAGAUUCGAGAAUUCGAGCGCAUCGCAGGAGACAACCCCGCCGUAUCGCAAGGUCCCUCUUUGAGCUUGGGAUGGAAGUCCAUCGACCAAAAGCCUCUGACAGUGCGCAAGUACGAAGACACACGAGAACGAGCAUCGGUCUUGACUCCCUUGACCCGCGAAACACGCAAGUUUCUCUUGACAUUUGUCUUUGAUGUCAGUUCGGAGGAUAUCAAGCGCUCCGAAAAGAGUGCCGCCAAGAUCCAAGCACAACGACACGAAACCAUCAAGCAACUCCUGCACAACAAGGCCAUUCGACGCAAAAAGUCCUUUCCCCCACGACAAGUGGACACGCCAGAGUUGGAAAACACCAGCACUACCACUACCACUAGCAGCAAGCCACAGGUAGUGAUUGAAGAUCCUCUCCCACGCAAACACGUUGCUGGCAAUACCAAACUCCUUCGCAAAGUGGAGGAUGCCCGAAAGCGUUUGCUAGAACAAGGAUGGGCUACCUAUGCCAGGCUUCAAUAA